GGGAAACAGUUCAAUACUCAGGAAAUUAGCGUUUCUGAAGUCUUCAUAGUAGUGUGCUGCUAGUAAACUAACGUAAAUGAAAUGGAACAGCUGAUAACACUGUCCCAAAAUGUCAAUAACAAUCAAUGACGUUUCGUAUUGAAAAUUAGUAAUUCCAAUUCAAAUCUACCUUCUUUCUAAAAUGGAUUUAAUAAUAAUUUCUAAGCUCGUGGUAAAAUAAUGUUGAAGAGAUAAUUUAUUUAAACAUACAAUUACGAAAUAGAAUAUACAAAAAUGACUACGAAAGAACUAUACACGAAGGGUGCCCGGAUAUGGGUGGACCAUCCAGAGAAAGUGUGGGAGAGUGCCACAGUAACAGCAGACUACCGUUCCGGAGUCCUCAUCGUCAAACUGGACCAGUCCGGGGAGAUACGACAAAUAAAGAUAACGGAUGAGAAACAAAUGCCUCCAUUAAGGAAUCCGUCACUGCUCAUAGGUCAAAAUGACCUCACAUCGCUGUCUUACUUGCACGAGCCAGCCGUACUGCACAACCUGAGGGUCAGAUUUUGCGACCGCAACGCCAUCUAUACGUACUGCGGUAUUGUACUGGUCGCCAUUAACCCGUACUAUGAUUUACCCAUUUAUGGCGAUGAAACCAUCAUGGCGUACAGAGGUCAGUCCAUGGGGGACCUUGACCCUCACAUAUUCGCUGUGGCAGAGGAGGCAUACACUAAACUGGAGAGAGAGAAGAGAGAUCAGAGUAUAAUCGUGAGCGGUGAAUCCGGGGCGGGUAAAACAGUUUCGGCGAAAUAUGCAAUGAGAUACUUCGCGGCAGUGGGCGGGAACGCCAGCGAAACGCAGGUCGAGAAGAAGGUGCUCGCCUCGAGCCCUAUCAUGGAGGCCAUAGGCAACGCGAAGACGACCAGAAACGACAACUCCUCCCGUUUCGGCAAAUUCAUAGAGAUCCACUUCGACAAUUCGUACCGGAUAUCCGGCGCCAGUAUGCGCACUUAUCUCCUGGAGAAGUCCCGCGUUGUCUACCAGAGUUCCGGUGAAAGAAACUACCAUAUCUUCUAUCAGCUGUGUGCGGCCGCAGUUCAUAUGCCGCAACUUAAAUUAGAUCACCAAGACCACUUUCAUUAUUUGAACCAAGGCGGCAGUCCCAACAUAGACGGGGUUGACGAUUUCAAAACGUUCAACGAAACAAGAAACGCACUCUCAACACUGGGUGUAACAGACACAGAACAACAGAACAUGUUCACAAUAUUGGCGGCCAUCUUGCAUCUGGGUAACGUGGAUUUGUGCGAGAGUGACCCGGAUGUGAGCCCGGGACAAGAGGCAGAAGAUGGGGCUUAUAUAAGCUCGAACGAUAAACACCUAGCCACCGUCUGCUCGUUACUCGGUCUAUCCAAACUAGAACUGCUAAGAUGGCUGACGCACAGACGGAUAGCGUCAGCCCACGAAGUUAUAGUGUCCAGAAUGGACGUACAAAGAGCUAUAUUUGCUAGGGACGCGCUUGCGAAAAGGCUGUAUGGAGAAUUGUUCGCGUGGUUGGUGCAAGCAGUUAACAGAGCUUUGGACACGGGACACGCGAAAAAACACUUUAUUGGCGUUCUCGACAUAUACGGCUUCGAAACGUUCGAGAUCAACUCUUUCGAGCAGUUUUGCAUCAACUACGCUAACGAGAAGCUGCAGCAGCAGUUCAACUCGCACGUCUUCAAGCUGGAGCAGGACGAGUAUAUUAAGGAAGAGAUAUCCUGGAAAAUGAUAGACUUCUACGACAACCAGCCGUGCAUAGACCUUAUAGAGGAUCGUUUGGGGAUCCUUGCAUUGUUAGACGAAGAAUGCAGGGUGCCCCAAGGCUCAGACCAUGGGUUUGUUCAGAAGCUGCAUGACAAAUGUUCCAAGUACCCUCACUUCAUGAAACCGCGCUUUGGGAACGCUGCGUUCAUAAUAAAACAUUUCGCUGACAACGUGGAAUACCAAUGCGGUGGUUUCCUCGAAAAGAACCGAGACACGGUCUCCGAGGAGCAGUUGGAAUGCAUCAGAUCUGCGACAUGUUGCCGUCUCGUUCACACAAUGCUUACUCCCGAGAGAUCGACGGAGCAAACUGCCACUCUACCGCCUCCUUCUAGAAGGAGAACUACGCCUUCCGUGCAACCGGCUAGUUUGACGCAACCUCCCCGCCGUGCCUCAGGCCAGAAGCAAACCGUGGGCUCUCAGUUCCGAGCGUCACUAUUUGCUCUAAUGGGAACUUUGUCCGCGACCACUCCGCACUAUGUGCGAUGCAUCAAGCCCAAUGAUACAAAGGAAGCUUUCCAGUUCCACCCCGCCAGAGCUGUCAAUCAACUUAGAGCUUGUGGUGUAUUAGAAACAAUAAGGAUAUCAGCCGCAGGUUUUCCCUCCAGGUGGCUCUACCAAGACUUCUUCCAUAGAUAUCGCCUUCUCUGUCUCCACAAGGAGAUCGACCGCGGCGACAUCAAGGGAACCUGCGGCCGAAUCCUCGCCAAACAUCUGAAAGAUCCAGAUAAAUACCAGUUCGGCAAGACGAAAAUAUUCUUUAGGGCUGGACAGGUGGCGUAUUUAGAGAAAAUACGCGCGGACAUACAACGUUUGUACUGCGUUAGGGUCCAAAGUUGCGUGCGUCGAUUCGUCGCAAGACAGAAGUAUUUGAGACUCACUAGAGCUUUAAGAGGAUUGCAAGCAAGGGCUAGAGGAUUCCUGGCCAGAAGGAAAGCACAGGAAAUCCGUCGCAAUCGUGCAGCUAUCAAACUGCAGCGAAACAUUCGCGGUUGGCUGGCCAGACUGAAGUAUCAGAGAUUGAGGCGAUUGGCGAUAGGAUUGCAGGCUGUAGCCAGAGGAUAUAUGGCUAGAAGGCUGUAUAGAGACAAGAGGAUGGUUAGAGCGGUAAUGGAAAUACAGAGGUACGCACGCGGCUAUCUCGCUCGCCAGAGGGCCAAUCAGAUGAGACGGCGAAUCGUUAUAGCGCAAUCUGCUGUGAGACGUUUCCUUGCGCGUCGACAGUACAAGCGCUUGCGCAUAGAAGCAAGAAGCCUCGAUCACGUCAAGUCACUUAAUAAGGGUUUGGAGAACAAGAUCAUAAGUCUACAGCAGAAGCUAGGAACUGCCCUGGAAAGAGCGAAGGCUAUAGAUCCUUUACAACAGCAAAUCGUCGAGCUAAGAGCUAAACUAGAACUACUCAAAUUAGUAGAAAUCGAAGCGAAAUCAUUGAGAGCAGGCAACAACGACAAGGACAGCCUUAUAGCCGCUUUACAAGCUGAGCUUACGAGCGAGAGAGAUAGCAAUAAACGGUUAAUAGAAGAGAAGAAAGAGAUCGAACAAGCUUAUAAGAAGGAGAGAGAAGAGUGGCAAGCGGAGAGCAAGAAGUUGGAAGACGAAUUGAGAAGUAAUAAAGAACAUUAUGAGAUGGCUAUUGAAGAACGCGACAAACAGAAUGAACUGGAGAAGAAGAAUCUAUGCGAAGAGUUGGAAGCCGAGAGGCAGAGCCGACAGAAGUUGCUCUCUUCGCAAUACGAGCUGCAAGAAAGAGUCGACUCUCUGCAAAGAGCUCCACCAACAAAGGAGCACAGAAGAUCAUUGUCCGACGCCAGCAAUACUUCCCAACAGGAAACGGCGGUGGAAGAUGAUUAUGGGUAUGGAUCCGUAAGAUCUGUGGAAAGCACCCGUCCUGCCUUAGAAGCUGUCAACUGGUCUGCAGGCUCUCAUAAUGGACCAAUGCCGAUCGCCGACGCUGGUCUGGUGUUGAGAAUGCAGAACAGAAUAUCUGCUCUUCAGAGCGAACUGUCUAGGACAGCAAAGCGAGCGAAUGAUUUAGAAGAACGACUUAUGAAUCGCCUCUCCUCGCCUCCUUCGAACCCCAACAUCGACAGAUUCAAGGUCGAAGAGUUGGAGAUAGAAAAUAAGAAGCUUCGAGAACAUUUGGAUAGAUUGAGAGCUGCCGGAGAUAGUAUUUUGGUAUCCAAAGAAGUUAUAGAACAAUUGGGUAUAAUGCAACAAGAAUUGGACAGGAGACGUGACGAAUGCAUACAGUUGAAGAGCGUACUCUCCAAUCAGAAACCAUGGUUCCAACAAGCUCUGAAAAAUGUCACGGUGAAUCUAAAGUCGCUCGCUACAUCCAACUACGGCUCCGAUGUUGACAUUAUUAACGAAGACGGAGAGCUUGCAUCCGCCUAUGAAGCGCAGAAGGGAAUAAAUAGACAAUUACAAGAGGAAUUAACUGCCGAGAAGAAGUUCUACUCCGAACACAUAACCAAGACUAAAGCAGAGAUAGACAGACUUCGAGAGGAGAAUGAGAAAUACCAGAAGUUGCUAAGCGCAGACCUGAGUCAAGAGCCAAAGAACAAAAAUCAAGAGUUCGCUCAGAAUGAGAUUAUACGAUUGGCUGCGGAAAGCUUAGCCUUACAGGAACGCGUCGACAAGCUUUCUGAAAGCUGCCGCCGCUACAAGAAUCAAAUACGACUCCUGGUCAACAAACUGAGGGAGGUCGGGGUAGAAGAUGUCAACGAUAUAUUAGAGAACACUGACACAGUAGUGGCGGUGAACUCCUCACUUCCGCUAGAGGUCGCUGUAACCCGCAAGAAGGAGAGAGAAUACCUUGGAAUGUUCGAAUACAGAAGGCAAGAUGAACCAGCCAUUAUUAAGAAACUCAUUACUGAUCUGAAGCCCAAAAUAGCGAUCACUCUUCUCCCGGGCCUUCCCGCCUACAUUCUAUUCAUGAUGCUGCGACACACGGACCACGUCGACGACGAACCUAAAAUGCAUCAGCUGAUGAAAGCCGUCCGCAUCGCCGUCAAGAAAACCGUCAAGAAACGGAGCGACAGCGUCGAGUACAACGCGUUAUGGCUAGCCAAUAUGCUCAGGCUACUGAACAAUCUCCGUCAAUAUAGCGGCGAUGAAAUGUAUCAAGUAUCGAAUACGCCGCGUCAGAAUCAACAGUGCCUGCGCAUAUUCGACCUCUCCCAGUAUCGACAGGUGGUCAGCGACUGCGCCGUCUGGAUAUAUCAGGGCCUGAUCCACUUACUGGAGCGCCAGCUGGAGCGUCUAAUAGUGCCCGCCAUACUCGAGCACGAGGAGAUAUCCGGCCUAUCAGGCCCUCCCAGGAGCCCGGUGCCACCUUCGACCCCCGCCCCGGGCCCGGCGCGACUCAAAAACGAGCUAUCUGCCACCAGCGAUACUCUGCGGGCCCACGCCGUCGCCCCGCCCUUGGCGAGAGCUAUAUACAAACAGUUAUUCUACUACAUCUGCGCGUACAGUUUGAAUCAGCUACUACUCCGCAAAGACCUGUGUUGCUGGGCCAAAGGUCUGCAGAUCAGAUACAAUAUCUCACACCUGGAGACCUGGAUCAAGGAACAUUUGGCUGAAUACGGACAGAAGAGCGUUGAAGAGAUUCUCGGUGUUUUGAAGCCAAUUACUCAGGCUGUGCAGCUCCUUCAAGCCCGCAAAUCAAUGGCCGAUGUGCAGAGUACAGUCGAUAUGUGUUCAGACUUAACGGCCAUGCAAGUGUGCAAGAUCCUAAACAUGUACACACCUGCCGAGGAAUAUGAAGUUAAAGUGACCCGUGAGUUCAUUCACGAGAUACAGAAGAAGAUGCAGGAGAAGGCUGGAAGCAACGCCGACAAGGAGCCGCAAAACCUCCUGAUGGACUCGAAGAUGAUAUUCUCCGUGCAAUUCCCGUUCGAUCCGUCGCCUAUAAGGCUGGAGGCGAUCGAGUUGCCAGAAGUACUGGAACUUGAAGGACUACUCGUCAAGAUAUAAGCGCGAGUAAGUGAAAUUUGUUAACAAGUUACAAGGGCUGUUUUUUGUGUUUAUUUAUUAAUUAAUUAGAGGCCGCACGCGAUUAC